AAAUAUUAGCGAUAAAUCUUUGUUUGAAAUCGCAAGAAAUUGUCAUGAUUUGCAAGAGUUUUAUUUUGCCGAAUAUCUCGACUUUAGUGAUGCUAUGGCUUUAUGGAAUGAUAGAUUAAUUAUAGCUAUUAUCAAAAGAUCUCUGAAUUUAAGAUAUAUGAAAAUCAGUGGUAAUGAUAUUGGUGAUAAG